AUGGAGCUUCAGAAAUCGGGCGAUGCUGCGCGUCGGGUGCACAAAGGCGCGAUUGAAGCGGCGAGGCGCGAAUACGCACGUCGCCUCGUGGACACGCGAUGGGACGAGCUACAAAGCAGCUCUGAUGGAGUCCGCCUCUCCGUUUUGGCGGCCGUGGCGGGCAUCGGCCACCUCGCGGCGCCGUUGGCCCACGACGUGGCGCCACUGCUGGGGGAUGCGAACAUGAAAAUAGUCGAGGCGGCAAGCAAGGUCAUUGCCCAGUUUGGCAGCGUGGAGGAUUACCUAAACGAUCCAAAUCCUCUGACUCGCUCGGCGGUUUUAAAGCAAGUGGUCCGUGGCCGUGGUCGCGAAGCGUCGGCAAAAUACGUGGACCACUUCGUGAAGGCCUUGAAGGGUGAGGAUUUCCGUGUUCGCCAUGCCGGGUCGCAGGCCCUUCUCGAGCUAGGAGACCUUGCUUCGCCCUACGCGGCCGACCUGGCUGCUGCCUUGGGUGACGACGACUGGUACGUGCGUGGCAAUGCGGUGCAGGCGCUCGGCAAAGUCGGCAACGCCGCUGUGCCCUACGUCGGCAACAUCGCGACUUGCCUCGGUGAUUCCGUGCCAGAGGUGCGGCGCAUGGCCAAGGAGGUGCUCGGCAAAGUUCGUGCACUGAGCCUGGCCGCGGGAGACACUGGUGAGGCUCCCGCAUGA